AUGACCGCCCGCAAGGGGCUGGCGUCCUCCUCCGGAGGGAAAGGGAAGCGGGCAGCGUGGGAGGGGAAGGGGAGGAGGUGCGGGGCUGGGGCGAGAGCGUCCGGAGAGAAAGGGGUGGCGGAGAGGUGGAUAGGCCGGGUCCAGGAGGACCCCAGCGUGCGCCCUUUCUCUCGCUGCUCUGCUUCCCAGUCUCCCCACCUCGCCUUCCCUCUCUUCUGUCCCGGCCAGGAGCCCCAGACGCUGCGUCACAACUCCCCGGCUGGCGCGGGCGGGGAAGCAACUGCAAAACUUUCCGCAAACUUCACGGUGUGGUGGGACCACGGCUACGAGGUCGGGCCAGCCCGGGGCGGGGGCGUGCGGCAGACCCAGGUGGCCAGACCCGGGCCGCCAGCAUCCGCCCCGCCGGCCAGCCAUCCCGCCUCUUUCUGCCGACGUCUCCACAGCCCAGCAUCCACUACCUCCAUGCCGAGGAGGACCCCUCCCCCGGUCUGGUGGGGAAGGGGCGGAGCCCAGGGCCUGGCCACCAGGGCGAAGAUUGGGGGAGGGGGAGGCAGGGCCCUUGUUCCUUGUGCGGAGCGCGAACAAUUCUUGCACGUCUUGUUUUAGCAUUUUCGUGACCUCUGUGUCAGUGUCCCCGGUGUAGGAGUGUAGCACUUUUGCUAGUUGGGGCUGCAUCCAGAAACCUGGGGAAAAUCUGUCCACUGGACGUCCCAGAAGACCGACAUCAUCACUCCCAGCAACUGGACUGCUGGCCGGUAGCAAAAGACCAACUGGAAAUUUCAUAAAAGGUUAGACAAUCCACAGUUACUCAGUGUUACGCAACAGGUCUCUGCAGCACAGAGCGCGGACUGCGGAGUCAGGAUGCUGGAGUCCAGCCCUGCCUCUCUGCGGAUUCCCUGCGUGACCUGGGAAAGCCUCUUGGGGUCUCAGGACAUAGGGCAGGACUGAGACAUUGAGACCCCAAGUGCAAAGAAGACACAUUUCUCCUACCACGAGUCAUCAAAAACACUAUGAAACUGUAAUAUGGGCCGGAUGCGGUGGCUCACGCUGUAAUCCCAGCACUUUGGGAGGCCAAGGAGAGAGGAUCGAUUGAGCCCAGGAGUUCAAGACCAGCCUGGGCAACAUAGGCAGAUCCCAUCUC